AUGUCUCCUGCAAUGGCAAUGAAUGAUCAGAGGAGCGACAAUGAUAUACCAGAAAGUCAAUAUGAGAAAGGAGUGAAGCAUCUCUAUGAGAAUGGCGAUCUUCACAGGGUACCUAAGAAGUACAUACUUCCUGCUUCCGAUAGACCCACCACGAAUAUUAUGGAAGAUUCAAAUGUUGAUGAGAAGCAAAAGCUUCAGCUACCCAUCAUUGAUUUUGCCGAUUUGCUUGGUCCAAAUAGGUCUCAAGUCCUUCAAUCCCUUGCCAAUGCUUGUGAACAGUAUGGAUUUUUCCAGCUAGUAAAUCAUAGCAUCUCUGAUGAUGUUGUGAGCAGCAUGAUAGAUGUGUGUGGCAGGUUCUUCAAUCUCUCUUUUGAGGAGAGAGCUAAGUAUAUGACAACUGAUAUGAAAGCACCGGUUCGAUAUGGAACCAGCUUCAGCCAAACCAAAGACAGUGUGUUCUGCUGGAGGGACUUCUUGAAACUUCUGUGCCAUCAAGAUUUCUUCCCCCAUUGGCCUGCUUCCCCAGUGGACUUUCGGAAAGUGGCGGCUACCUACGCAGAAGAAACAAAACACUUGUUCCUAGUGAUAAUGGAAGCCAUCCUAGAGAGCUUAGGAAUUAGGGAAGAAGAGGACAAUAUUCUUAAAGAAUUGGACAACGGGAGCCAGAUGGUGGUCACCAAUUUCUACCCACCAUGCCCUCAACCAGACCUAACCCUGGGGAUGCCCCCUCAUUCUGAUUAUGGCUUCCUCACUCUUCUCCUCCAAGACGAGGUUGAGGGUUUGCAGAUCCAAUUUCAAGACAAAUGGGUCACUGUUCAACCUAUUCCCAACGCCUUUGUUGUCAAUAUUGGUGAUCACUUAGAGAUAUUUAGCAACGGAAAAUACAAGAGCGUAUUACAUAGGGUUCUGGUGAAUGAGUUUAAGAGUAGGGUAUCGGUGGCUUCGCUGCAUAGCCUUCCUUUCAACUGCACGGUGAGAGCGUCACAGAAACUCGUUGACGAAGCGAAUCCCAAGCGUUACAUGGACACAGAUUUUGAUAGCUUUCUUGCGUACAUAUCAACCAGAGAGACCAAGAAAAAGGAUUUCCUUGACUCUAGGAAAUUGACGUAAAUUACAAGGAAAGUUAGAUAAAGAAA